UCCUAAUGUUGUUAAAAGCACCCGAAUCGCCUGCGUAUCUUCUUAAGAUUGGCAAAGUAAACGAAGCCACAUCAGCAAUAGCAUUUCUUCGAGGCCUGAACGCAGGCAAUGAGCUUGUAAUAAAAGAAAUCGAAAAUAUGAAAAAUGAGGAUCUUUACAUCAAAUCACUGCCCAAUGUUAACUUCUUUAGCAUAUUUAAAAACAGCGUUUGGCGUCGAAGUUUUCUCAUAAUUAUGUCACUGAUGACCAUGCACGCCUGCAACGGAAGCUUCGCUAUAAUCAUUUUCGCGUCUCCGAUCCUUACAGAUUCUGGAAGCAAUGUUAACCCAGAACUGCAAAGCAUCAGCUUUCCUUUCAUUAGUACUGUUGCAGUCUUUAUUUCUAUGGGCUGUGUUGAACGCUUUGGUAGAAAGCCACUCUUAGGUACCUGUUUCGCCCUGAUAGCAGCUGCAAUGAUGUGCGUCGGGACCGUAGUACUGAUUCAGCAUUUUGGCGGCACUGUCCCAUUUUGGAUACCUUUAAUUGCAAUGAUAAUUGCUGUAGCAGGGUACGCCGCUGGACCCUCGCCUGUACCAUUCAUCGUAUUAUCUGAAAUGUUUAACUUUCAGAUUCGAGCAAAACUGAUGGGUUGCAUUGUCUGCUACACGUGGCUCAUGAAUUUUAUACAACUAUUUAUUUUCGCGCCAAUCUCCAAUGGAUUAGGUCUCUAUGCUACGUUUUACUUAUAUGCUGGAAUGAAUAUCUUAGCUAUAUUCAUAUCUUUGGUAGUUCUACCGGAAACUAAAGGGAAAUCUGUUGAGGAAAUUGAAGAUAUUCUGAAAAAUAAAUACAAAUUAACAGACUAAGCAAUGAAAGGAUGCAAUUAUUUCCGUACUUACCUAGCAAAAUUU